AUGGCCGGAUUCUCUAUUUUGGAUCUUUGCCCGGAUCUCGUAGACAAUGCUAUCAAAAUCGAGCCCAACUUUCUUUCAAUGCAAUCAUCAACUGUUCAACUCUCUCCUAAAGAUAUCAGUGACCCGUGCACAUCAAUUGACAAUACUGACACCAUGUCCAAUCCAGCAAAUGAUAACAGCGAUUAUCUUCUUGACGAGAGUGUGGAUGACGGAAGAUCGGAGAGCACGUCAAGCAAGGAUUCAAAGUCGCCAUGCUCAAAUGCUUCCGAUGACAAGAAACCAAGUUCACCAAAUGACAAACCACCAUUCUCCUACAAUGCUCUCAUCAUGAUGGCUAUCAAAAACAGUCCGGAAAAACGUCUGACACUUGCUGGAAUCUACGAAUACAUCCUCACCAACUAUCCAUUCUACAGGGAUAACAAACAAGGAUGGCAGAAUUCCAUUCGAAACUACUGGAUGUUGGAUGCCACUUGUGAAGAUGAGGUCUUUAUAGGAGGUGCCACUGGAAAACUCCGUCGACGUCCAUCGACAUUGUCUCGUGCUCGAAUGGACGCUUACAAGCAAUACGGUGCGGCUGCAGCCAAUCUCUUCCCGUAUUUCAACUCUGGACUCCCUCAACUUCCACGAACACCUUAUAUGACUACACCACCAUCUGCAUUCCUACCUCGUCAAAUGAUGCCUAUGCCGACACUCGGUCCAGUCUUUGCUCAACCAGAGCUCAUCCAAAUGUAUCUCAACCAACAGCAAAGUUUAUUCGCCAAACUACAGUAA